AUGGAGACGGCGUCUUUCCGGUAUAUCCGGUUCACAUCGGGGCCAUCCCGUCCUGACUGUCCCUUUUCUGUUCAUGUGCGGCCAAGGUUGCCCAUCUUCCCCGGCGUCGCGGCGUCGACGUGCUCCGUCCAAGAUGAGAUCAGCGAGGGGGCUGGCUGGGGGAGAGGUUGGGUGCCGGCCUUAUCUGUGGCUGCCCAUAACAGCUGCGGCGGCGCCACCGGCGAGUGCAGUGGCGAGAGCGCCCCAGCGGAGUCGGGGGAGUCGGCAAUAAAGCCUGAUCCGAAGUCGACAGGCUGGAUAAAGAAGGCUCAACUCUUUUUUUGCUUCUGCACGAACUGUGAUACUGGCACUGAACGAAAAUGUUUCGGGGGAAGCCUCUACGUGAGAAUACAAGAUCAUGUAGGUGUGAUUGCUGUUGAGGACAUCAGAUUUACGCCUGACGGGAUAAAAGCUUAUAAUGGAAGCAGCUUCCGCCCCUGGGCUGACCAAAACUCCGAGCGCAGCCGCCUCGCGCAGAGCUUCGACUACAACUAUGGCGACUUCAUCCCCAUCCCCAGGCCCUUCCUGCGUGGCUACCUCAACAAGUGCAGGGACCUACAGACCCGGAGGCUCGCCUUCUUCAACACCAACUACGUCGAGAAGAGAAGGAAGGUGAUGGACACACCAGGAGAAGACAAGAACAAGCUCCGAUGCGCGAUCGACCACAUCCUCGCAGCGGAGAAGAGCGGCGAGAUCACGCCGGAGAACGUCAUCUACAUCGUCGAGAACAUCAACGUCACGGCCAUCGAGACAACGCUAUGGUCCAUCGAGUGGGCGCUCGCCGAGGUGGUGAACCACCCGGACGUGCAGCGCAAGGUGGGCGGCGAGAUCAGGGACGUGCUCAGUGACGACGAGCCCAUCACCGAGUCCAGCGUCAACAAGCUGGCGUACCUGCAGGCUAUGAUCAAGGAGACGCUGUGGCUGCACUCCCCCAUCCCGAUCCUCGUCCCCCAUAUGAACUUCGAGGAGGCCAUCCUCGGCGGCUACACCAUUCCCAAGGGCUCCAAGGUCGUUUUCAACGCCUGGUGGCUGGCCAACAACCCGGAGCUGUGGGAGAAGCCGGAGGAGUUCAGGCUGGAGAGGUUCUUGGGCGAGGAGAGCAACAUGGAUGCCACGGUCGGUGGCAAGGUGGACUUCCGGUUCCUCCCGUUCGGCGUGGGCCGGUGCAGCUGCCUCGGCAUCAUCCUUGUACUGCCCAUCCUGGCGCUCAUCGUCAGGAAGCUUGUGAGGAGCUCCAAGAUGGUGCCCCCGCCAGGCGUGGACAAGCUCGACGUGAGCGAGAAAGGCGGGCAGUUCAACCUGCACAUUGCCAACCAUUCCACCGUCGCCUUCCACCCCAUCUCACCAUGA